AUGGGCAUUAGAUCCGCAGACUACGAGUGUAGCGCGUGGAUCAUUGUGCCGAUUGGCCGCUUCCCCGGGCUUAUUCAGGUCUCGCAGGCAGCGAAAGAGCGGUUGUGUGAGUUGCAGAAGGGGCGGCUUUACGCUAUUGAGGUAUUCGAGGGAGCGGGUAGAGGACUAGUGGGGAUGUUUGAUAAGGGCCGGGACGGAUAUGGUGAGGACAAGACAUGGUUCUAUUUUAGUUUGAGCAUCGGUGAAGGAAAUCUCUGCGAUGAAAUUUCACGCUUCUACGACAUCCAUAUCCGAAGAUCGCUAACCUACACCGGGUCGGCAUCUUCUUUCGCAACAGCACGGCGCUGGCUAGCCGUGUGCGAUGCCUCUCACGACUGUCAGCGAGCACAGCCGUCAUUUACGAAGGCCAAUCGAAGCCCCGCCAGCCGCUUGCUCGAUGUUCAAGCUUUCGACCAGCCUUGUCUUGAUGUGAGACUAGUGGAGACCUGGCAAGAGGAAAACACUUCUAAAGUAUGUUUCAUUCCCCGCAACUCGCAGCCCGAGGCCUCACUCACGACGCCAAACAUUCAGUACAUAGCUCUGAGCCACCGCUGGGGCACUGCAUCUCAGCCCAUGACCACCAAACAUGGCAAUCUUCAAGAAAGGAGGGAUUGCAUUCCCUUUGCUUCUCUGCCGCUCACUUUUCGCCACGCUGUACAGACUACCCGCAGACUGGGAGUGCGUUAUCUCUGGAUCGAUUCACUCUGCAUCAUUCAAGACAGCUCCGACGACUGGGCAGUCGAAUCCGGCCGGAUGGGUGACAUCUACGCGCACAGCUACGUGACUUUGGCUGCAGAUUGUAGCAAAUCCAGUCACGGCGGCCUGUUCAAUUCGCAAAGCGUGCUGCAGGACGAAGAGCCACUGGGAAGGCACUUGGAUUUGGAUAUUCUCGUUGGCACCAGAGGGCCAGGGAGCAGCUGCAGAGUCUACAUUUCACAAGAGUGUGAGGUGCCGUCCAAUGUAGACUUUACCGGCCCCGUUGGAGAUCCGAGCGACACGGGCAAGGACGACCCGGAUCAGAUGCUGGUGAAGCGUGGAUGGACACUGCAGGAAGCGAUCCUGCCUCCACGGGUGUUACAUUUCACCAGCAAGCAGCUGAUCUGGGAAUGUUCGCGGAAGGGAUACGAGGCAGAAGACAUGUUCUCGGCAAACCUGCGGCACAUGCGACCGACGUUUACGGACAUGAGGGCUCAGCUGAUGCCCCGGUUGGACGAUGGGGAGGAGCGUUCUCUCUACGGCUCAUCAGCUCUGUGUUCGGGGGACCUCCAGGCCAAGGUUCUGUGCGCAUGGUACCGAGACAUGAUUGAGUUCCGCUAUUCGUCGCGCCGUCUGACCUACCCGACAGACAAGCUGCCAGCCAUUGCCGGGUUAGCUGCCCUGGCAUCGCAGACGUUGGGCGGCGAGUACAUUGCCGGCAUGUGGCGAAAGGAGCUGGAGUGGGCAAUGACAUGGCGUACGCGCGAUUCCAAAGUCGUCACCACGAAGGUGGAGAGACUGGAUCCCUCGGCAACGCAGGACAGCACCGCGUUGCAUACGUUGACGGACGAGGGAAUUGCCCAGCACCCCUACCGCAGCCCAUCCUUCUCCUGGGCGUGCGCAACCGGCCCGGUGUUCUGGGACUAUGAUCUGGACACGUUCGAGCGGACGGCGCACGUCGAGGACUCCCACGUCGAGCUCCAGUGCAGCGAGGCGCCUUUUGGAUGCGUGCGGGAGGGGUGCCGGAUACGGAUAGCCGGAUGGUUCUCCCGACACGUCGUGACACUUGCACCUGAUGGUUGGAACAAGGCCUACUUCAACACUUGCGGGCGCAUCGCCGGCAAGGUGCAUCUGGACCGUGGUCUCGACAAGGCCGACUCUGUGUCGGUGACGUGCUUCGAGCUGGGCGUCGGAUCCGGGCCACAGAUCAUACCGGCACAGUCGACACAGACGAUCCCCCGAUGGAUAUGUUUGCUCGUACUGGGGCCAAUCCAAGGCGAACGCGAGUGCUACACGAGGCUCGGCCUGGCAGAUUGGCCGUGGGACCAAGAGAGCGAAGCUUGCAUGAGAUAUGCCCAACUGCGCGAGUGGCGGACGAUUACCAUUUGCUAG